AUGUUGUCGAUAGCUAAGCACUGUGCUCUGCGCGCCGUGCGUGCUCGGUCGGGUUCUCCGUCUCUUAUUGCUCAAUCUCGAUCGUCAUCUCUCACAAGACUAUUGUCCACACUCGCCAUUCUCGAGCAACGAGAUGGCAAACUCAAUACCGGUUCCCUAGGCGCCGUGACCGCUGGACAGAAACUCGGAGGCUCAGUCCAUGGCUUUGUUGCGGGAAAAGCUGCCAGAUCAAUCGCAGAAGAGGCGGCGAAAAUCAAAGGCCUGGAGAAAGUGCUUGUGGUAGAAAACGAAUCCUACGAAAGAGGUCUCCCUGAGAACUGGGCACCUCUUUUGGUGGAGAACAUCAAAAAGGGAGGUUAUACACAUGUGAUUGCAGCACACUCCGCCUUUGGAAAGAGUUUACUACCUAGAGUGGCUGCAUUGCUGGAUGUUCAACAAAUCUCUGAUGUCAUGGCAGUUGAAGGCGAAGACACGUUCGUACGACCGAUAUACGCAGGCAAUGCAAUCCUAACGGUUCAGAGCUCCGACCCCACGAAACUCUUAACAGUUCGACAAACCUCGUUCACACCAGCAGAGACAGAAGGUGGUUCGGCCUCCAUCGAGGAUGCUGUUGACCCCAAAGCAGAGUCACCAACUGAAUGGGUUUCGGAAAACUUGGCCAAAUCCGAUCGACCAGAACUUGCCUCGGCUGAAAGAGUGGUUUCUGGCGGACGAGGAUUGAAAUCCAAAGAAGAGUUUGACCGGUUGAUACCACCGUUGGCCGACGCUUUGGGCGCAGCCAUUGGGGCUUCAAGAGCUGCGGUUGACAGUGGCUUCGCGGACAACAGUUUGCAAGUUGGCCAAACAGGAAAGAACGUCGCUCCACAACUCUACCUGUGCGCCGGCAUUUCAGGGGCCAUCCAACAUCUUGCUGGUAUGAAGGACAGUAAAGUGAUUGCCUGCAUCAACAAGGAUCCAGAUGCCCCGAUUUUCCAGGUGGCCGAUGUUGGCCUAGUGGGAGACUUGUUUGAGAAGGUUCCAGAAUUAACGGAAAAGCUCAAGUCACAGUGA